UAAGUCUUUUUUGUAGGUAAUUAAUUAGUAAUCGAAUCAGUGGGAUGCACAUGGAAUGAAGAAAAUCGAAAGUAUUUACGCUGCAGUGAAGCAAUUGUAUUCUGGAGCUGUACAGCAAUCAUCCAACCCAUGAGGUUUGGGGACCAUGUCAGGACGUGUUGGCGGUGGCAGACAAAUGUUCUCCAUAGAGCAGAUUGAAUUGAUACGGCGGCUGAGGAACAGCGGCAUUACCAAAGAGGAGGUGGCACAGGCAUUUGAUUCAUUUGACCGUUUAGACAAUGAGUUAGGACUGUUGUAUAGUGUUCCUGUAUCCCUGUCUCAGUCAGCUGUGCCUGCAGGCCGUAAUCCUGCCCAGUCCCUCCAUCCUCGUACAUCAACACCAAAUGCCACCAGGACAAGCCAUUCUGGAACAGGCCAUGGAGAUCAUCAGUUUUCACUGUCAUCCACACAGGCAAAUAAUGUCCCUGCCUCCCAGUCACACAAUAUAUCUGGGUACAGAUCACAUUCAUCCAGUCAAGUGUACCCUGUGUCAAUGACCGCAAAUUCACGUACACCAUCUCAGGCAGCUUUCCCUGAAAGACAGAUAGCUAAACGAGCACGCACUGAAACCAUAGACUUAAGCUUGGUAGAUGAUAUAGACACAACAGUUAACUGUGUCACUGAUGAGGACAAUAGCAACACCAGCUCAUCAGCUUCCAUAUCAAACAUCUCUGAGGAAAUAGCGACUGAGCUACGAGAAUUUUUAAAACAAGGUAUCCAGAAGGCUGGUGAUGAGGUUCGCUGGUUUAUAACCCAGUACAACGUACAGCUGGGACAGCUUGCUACCAUGACAGGUCAGACAUUUGCUACUGCUACCCAGUUUUUACAGGGAGAAUACAGUGGUAUUCCUCAACACUGUAUGCAGAGUUUUUUCACCUGGUAUCUCACCUACAAGAAAACUGUGUCUACUCCUGCUCCACUACCACCAUCAACUUCUCCAGGCAACACGCAGACAGGUGCCCUUCCCAUGAUUAAUCAGAAAGUGAAACUGCCUGAUGGUCAGGAAAUCUUCAUUCCCCAUCAGCGACGAGAACGAUUCACCUUUCGAGAAAAACAUCUGGAGGUGCUGGAAACCUGCUUUAAUGAGAAUGCCUAUCCGUCCCAUGAGCAACGAGAGGCCAUCUCUCACAUGUGCAAUAUGGCUGUUAGUAAUAUGGGAAAUCGUUCCCUACAUGACAGAGAAAAGGUGACUCCACAUAUGGUGCUGAACUGGUUUGCCAACCGCAGGAAGGAAGUGAAGAAAAUAGCGAGAGAAGAAGGAAUCCCAGAGUCUGAAGUGGUAUUACCCAGCAAAGUCAACAAACGUCCCAUCACUUUUGACAUUUCCAUGGAUAAUGUGACUUUGUCCCCGUUAGAACAAAGUCAAACUGACCAACCUGAUGAGACUGAUGACAGAACUUCACCAUCCAUCAAAAGUGAACCAGGCUGAUGGGUCACUUUCAUAACAAGCUGAUUCAGCUGAAGUGAAACCUCCAUGGCCAGAAUACAUUUACCGGUAAACCAAAUCGGUAACUCCAGACAGUCAAGUGAGACUGUAAGGGGCGAUUCAACUCCGUUUUAUAACUGACUGUUAUAAUUCUUACUAGUAUUUCCAAAACAGUAUCUGAACAUUGUGAUCUAUUAAGAAAAUUACAUGCAAGUGUACAUACAGUCUUUAUAAUUUAAAAAAUUCCUGGGGAAUUUCCUAUAUGUGUUUAUAAAAUGAAAGCGAUUCCUAGUCAUAGCUUUAUUAAACCAUACAUGAAGGAAUAGGUGCAAUUUGUAAUGUGAUCAAUUUGUGAAUUCAUCCAUGUCUGAAGUAACGCUCUAUUGGAUAACAGGAUCAAUUGUCAAGUGUUUCCAGAAAGUUAUCCAGCAUCAGCAUUGCAAAAAAGCAUUGAGAAAUCCUGAACUAUUUCAUUUGUCAACAAUUUUGAAAUCCGUUUUGGAUAGGGUGUGCCACCGAGAUGUUGUUCUCCUUUUUGUGACUUUUCACCCGAGAAUGAUCUAAUAUAGAAAUGUAGAUAGCUGUGUAGAAAACUUGUCCAAGGAUAUUUGAGUUUCAGUUAAAUUGUUUUAAUUGUAGGAAAGUCUUUCAAGUGUCAAUCAAUUUGUUUUACUUGUCCGACUGCAUUGAGAGUGGGUAAGCUUUAUUUGAUUGAUUGAAAGCAGUCAAAACAUGUGUUUUCAUUUAGGCUUUCAGGUAAAAAUAUGUAGAAGCAUUUUAGAAUUUUUUUUAAUGUGAUAGUAGAAUACAAAGAGAAGUUUUUGAAGUGUUUUUUUUGUACUGUUUUGUAAUGAAUCUUUGUUUUAACAAUAACAAUAUCUGGUAAUACAUUUAAUAGAAUCAUCAGUGUAUGUAGAUCCAACUUUGUUUUAAUUGGGUGCUUUUAUAUAAAUGGCAAUAAAUUUGUUGUUAUAAAAAUCA